GGAGAGCAGUCUGCUUGUAUGUGUUGUGUAGGAAAUGCAGCCCCAGUGACAGGAUUUUUCACAGGAGAAGGAAACAGGGACACGAAUUCCAAAAUCCCUUUUUAAAGAAAUCUCCAGUGAAGGCCGUGCACUGCUCUUUUCCCCUUUGCAUGUAAGCUGCGGAUGUUGGUAUCCCUGUGCUCAUGAGCCUGCUCGGUGGCUACAAGAAAAAGACUGGUUAUGAUGGUUAUGAAUCUUUACAGCUGGUCGACAGCAGCGGUGACUUCAAUAACGGGGAGAGAGCCAGCAACACACAGGACGAGAGCUCGACGGAAGCACAGCUAGCAGCUAAAGGCGGCCCAGCCAGACAGGAGAACUGCAGUACCAUGGACAGCUCAGGGGCUUCAUCUCCAGAUAUGGAGGCCAACUCUGGGGGUGGGCUGCUGGACAUUGUGAAAGGAGGGGCAGGGAGACUGUUCAGCAACCUGAAGGACAACCUGAAAGACACCCUGAAGGAUACCUCUUCCAAAGUGAUGCAUUCUGUAGCAAGUUACACAAAGGGAGAACUGGACAUUUCUUAUAUCACCUCACGGAUUAUAGUGAUGUCAUACCCUGCCGAGGCUGUGGAGAUUGGAUACAGGAACCAUAUUGAAGAUGUCCGAUCGUUCCUAGACUCCAGGCACAUGGAUCACUACACAGUCUUCAAUCUGUCACAGAAACUGUACCGCAGUGCCAAGUUUCACAACAGGGUGUCCGAGUGCAGCUGGCCCUCCAGACAAGCCCCCAGUUUACACAACCUGUUUGCUGUGUGUAAGAAUAUGCACAAUUUUUUACAACAGAACCCCAAGAACGUCUGCGUCAUUCACUGCAUGGAUGGCCGAGCUCCCUCAGGCGUUCUGGUCUGUGCAAUGUUCUGCUUCUGUCACCUCUUCAACAAUCCACUUCCUGCUAUUCAGUUACUGAACUCCAAGAGACCCGGCUCUGGGCUUUGGCCUUCACACAGGAGGUACAUAGAUUAUGUAUGCAGUAUGGUGUCUGAGAAACCCACGCUGCCUCACUGCAAGGCUGUCAUUAUAAAGUCAGUCAUUAUGAGCCCUGUCCCUAGCUUCAACAAACAGCGCACUGGUUGUCGACCCUUCUGUGACAUCCUCAUUGGGGAAACAAAGAUAUUCUCAACAGCACAGGAGUAUGAGAGAAUGAGGGAGCACAGAGUCCUGGAAGGGAAGGUGAUGAUUCCCCUGGGGGUCAGUGUGCACGGGGAUGUGGUUGUUUCAGUCUUUCACAUGAGAUCCACUAUUGGAGGAAGACUUCAGGCCAAGUUGACAAACACACAGAUAUUUCAGAUACAGUUUCAUACUGGAUUCAUUGCUCCUGGAACGACAGUGCUAAAGUUUACAAAGCCCGAGCUGGAUGCCUGUGAUUCCCCGGAUAAGUACCCUCAGCUCUUCCACGUGGUGCUGGAGAUUGAGGUGGAGGCUGCCGAUAAGCAAAUGGACCUGACCUCCCCCUGGGAGCACUUCCCCACCAAGGAUCUCAGUCCCAACAUCCUCUUCUCCUGCCACCAGGAGCACCAGGACGCGCUGGCGGUAGGAGGUAGGCCACCUUCAGGAGAUAAAGAGCCACAUCAAGAUAACUUAAGGAAUGCUGGCGCUGGACAGACCACUUUCUUCUCCUCCAUGGCCUGGCAAGAUCCCAGCAAGGGCCACCCCAGCACUGAAGACAAAGCGGCGCUGGUGCAUGAAGACAGCGAACCCUCUGACGACGAGCUCCUGUCUCUCUCCAGCCAGCAGAGCAACACCAGCAACGAGAAGCAGCCUCCACAGCAGCAGCUGCAGGGCACACCGAAGAGCAGCAAGAGGCAGGAGGCCCAGCCCACGCCGGCGGCCGCGCCCCUGCCACCGCCCGCUGAAGACGUGGACCUCCUGGGUCUGGAUGGGGGUCUGGGGGACAAGGCCUUCGCCGGACAGCCGCAGCUGCCCCCCACCAACGCGGACCUGCUGAGCGACCUGUUCGUAGCGAGCACCCCAGCCUCGCCCUCCCACAGGCCUCAGCCAGACAGCAAGCCGGCGUCCGCUCAGUCCACCCCCAGGAAGACAGCCCCGUCCUCGUCCCCCUGCCCCUCACCAGCUUUUGAUGCAUUUGGAUCCGGUCCUAACCCGGCUGGGCAGGAGUUUCUGGGAUCGUUUCUCGGGCCAGGCAUGACCUCCCCUGUUCCUCCCACAACCCCAACAGUGAAUAUCCAGCAACCGAACCUGAUGGGAGGCUGGGAAUGGAGCAAACCUGUGCCAGCAGGGGGGUUUGGAAUGGGAAGCAAAUCUGCAUGCACCAGUCCUACAGGGUCUGUCCACAGCACACCUACCCACCAAUCCAAACCACAGACCCUGGACCCCUUCGCUGACAUCGGGGCCCUUGGGGCCAAUUUAGGAGGUGGCUCAGGAUUCUCCAGCAAGCCCACCACUCCCACUGGGACAGGAGGAGCAUUUCCACCAAUGGGAUCACCACAGAAGCCAUCUCCCCAGCACACAGCGGGAGCGUCCUGGCAACAGAACACUGGUUACUCCUGGCAACAGGGGGGGUCGCCGUGGCAACCCCAGCAGGGUAAACCGGCCCCGGCGCCCAUGCCCCACUCCUCUCCACAGAACAGGCCCAACUACAAUGUGAGCUUCAGCGGUGUGGCUGGCGCCCCCAACACCAGCGGGAAAUCGCCGGCCAGUUUCGGAACAAAACCAAAAAUGCAACACGCUAACUUUGAUGACCUGCUGUCUAGCCAAGGAUUUUCUUCCGCCAAGGACAAGAAAGGACCCCGGACAAUAGCAGAGAUGAGAAAGGAGGAAAUGGCCAAGGAAAUGGACCCAGAGAGGCUAAAGCUCCUUGAGUGGAUCGAGGGGAAGGAGAGGAAUAUCCGAGCCCUGCUGUCCACCAUGCACACUGUGCUGUGGGAGGGGGAGACCAAGUGGAAACAAGUGGGCAUGGCAGACCUGGUCACCCCCGAGCAAGUGAAGAAGGUCUAUCGCAAAGCGGUGCUCGUGGUCCACCCAGAUAAAGCUACUGGGCAGCCGUAUGAACAAUAUGCCAAGAUGAUUUUUAUUGAAUUAAAUGACGCUUGGUCAGAAUUUGAAAGCCAAGGACUGAAACCACUGUAUUAAAAUGCUAGGAAGUACAAGCCCCAGUCAAUAUUUUAUCCUUCAGAUUUGUGCUGUGGAUUUUUGUUUUGUGUCACUGUCAUGUGUUUUUUCCAUAGAGAGUUUAAUAUACCAGGUUAGUUGUUUAGAUGUGAACAUCAGACUCGCCCAUUUAAAUGGUGCAUUCUGUCAAAUGGGGGAAGAUAAAGUUGUCUUGUACAGAACUUUCUUGACUGGAACUUAAAUCAAUACUUUGUUAAAACAAGGUUAUCCUUUACAGAUGAGACAACAACAACAACAAUAAUAAUAAUAAUAAUAAUAAUAAUAAUAAUAAUAAUAAUAAUAAUAAUAAUAAUAGUUUCUUAGUUUAUCAGACACAAAACUUGCAUUUUACAAACUAUUCAGACCGGUUUGAUCAUGGUCUGCUGAAAAGUAAUUUCAGACCGCUUUCAACUCAGUCCCAGUGGCUAAUGGAAACAAGGCAUCAAAUCACCCUGAGUGUUCGGGAUUUGUCUUUGCUUAGGCAGGACUGAUUUGGAUCAUAGUAAAUCCUGGAACAGCUUAUCCCAUUAAUUACUAAAAUAUUAUUUCUUUGAAAAAAAUCAGAACACAAGCUGUAUUUAUGUAAUUUGACACAUUCUAAAUCAAUAUGCUACCAUUCCAUUCCAUUUCAUUUGGACAUGACUUUUGCGGUUAACAAAAUGAGAGUAAAUUAUCAUAACAAUAUAAUUAAAGAGAAAGUUAAAACAAUAGGUAGAUGCCAGUUUAAAAUGUUAAAAAAAUUACAAAGUAGCCUGUCCUCAAAUGAGGGCAAUGGCACUUAAUGGGUUGAAUCGCUCACUAGGAAACUGGAAUGUUGUCUUUUUAUAGUUCCUGUCCUCAGAACUCCAGGGUACAUUUUGAAAUCUGAAUUUGGCAGAAGUGUUUUGGCAGCCUUUUUCCAUUCCGUGAACUGCACAACAGACUUUUCCUAGUUUCCGUACACUUUUCAGAUACAUAGAUUGAACCAACUGAACUGGGUUGUGCCAUGCAUUUUAAAAAAAUCUGUUUGUCUCAUCCAUAGAGGACCACUCUUUGUGUGUGUGAUUUUUUGUUUUGUUUUACCAGAAACGCAGCUAGCUUGUUUUAAUAAAACCAGUAUGUACCUUUUAAAUAACUCAGAUUGAGAUGUACUGUAUUUAUGAGAAGCUGUUUACAGAAGUUUUUUUUUUUUUUUUAAUCGCAUUCAGAAUAACUUGCAAUACAAACCCUGCAAUUAAAAAUAACAUACAACAAAAAUGAAAGAAAACUAGUAGAAAUGUUUUUAAAGAGAAUGGUUUCUAUUAAUACUAUUGAUAGAGCAAAGCUAACAGUAAGGAAAGUGAACAUUAGAAGGGGAUGUUUUUCAAUUAAAUAUAUGUAAUACGCAAUGCAGUCCACCUUUUCAUUGAUCUAAUUUGCGGGAGAGUACAGGAAAUGAUUGAACAGCAGGGAACAACAGUUAAGCUUAGCACAUGCUUUACACCAAUACUCUCCUCGUUUUACAGUGAAACAGACCUUCUGAAAUUAAAGCAAAACUCUUAAUACAGCAUUAUUUCUUGUUUCAAAGAUCACUGAUCUACGUGUUCACAAUCAGCACAUGGUUUCCACAACCUGACCAGUUUAAAUGGAUUUUAUCUGGAAGAUCGUAUUGGCACAAUCUGAUGUGCUUGGAAUAUAUAUUGAAUCUCACCGCAUUAUUGUAACAGUGAAAAUAAUCAUUUAAAACAGUAGUUACGUGCAUGCACUGUUCAGUCCAGGAGUAUAAUAUUGUUAAAGCAUUUCAGCAAAAGGGUGUAGUGUGAGUUGUGUCAUUGCAUUUAACCCAAAGCAGUUCUGAUCCACAGCACUAGAGAAUGCUACUGUUUGCACUUGCACUGUAACUUCAUUUGCAUGAAUUUGACAUGCACUACUACCUUCCAAAAUGGUCCCAAUACAGUCCUAAUAUGUGUUGGGAGUACUAAGGUAUUUAGAAUGGGACACAGAGUUUUUGUGGGUGUAGAUCAUCUUUUGCAAGAUUUCCUACCGUAAAGUUUUUGUAUCUGUUCUGUAACCCUUACUGCUUGUCUAUCAAUACCUGUAUGAAGAUCUCAAGAUGGGAAAGGGAUCAUAUGUGUUAUAUUAUGUUCGUUCUUUUGGUGUUCUCUCAGCAAAUAAGAAGUUUCACAGUUUUUGUAAUAUAUUUUAUAAAACAAUGUACUCUUUGUUCACAAAAUAAGUUAUAAUUUAUUGUAAACAAAUAUAAUUAUUUAACAAAUAUAAUUAGUAAUUUCUUUUUUUUUUUUUAAAUAGAAGACUUUAUAGUAUUUAUGAAAAUAUUUUAGCUUAUGGUUGGGAUUUUAAGUCAAAUAAAACAGAGUAUUCAGCUAACUGAUACUUGUUGGAUAUAGCUGAUAGUUAUAGUUGGGUGCAAAAUGAGGUUUCCUUAAUGGCUGUGAGAAGAAGUCACGCGUGAAGCCAACUCCGUUUUGCAUAUACCAAUAGAAAAGUAUUCUAGAAUGUUGAAUUGAAGACUCUGACCUGUUUGUCCUAUUAUGGCACUAAAUCCUGUGAAGUGUCUUCUUCUUCCAUGGAGUCUAUUUUAAUGAUCUAAACAGCGGGGGAUCUGAAUAGCACCACUCUUAUAUUAAUCCAGCUGGGGUUGUGUAACGGGCAGUGCUGUGUGACGCAGUGCUGCGUGACGCAGUGCUGUUACGGAUCGUGUCCCCGGCCGGUGAGAUGACAGGAGGUUAAAAGCUCUAAAGCUUCCAAUGCAGAAGAGCACUUUAAUGAUAUUUUAAUGAUAUUACUACAUACCAUAAAAAUACUGUGAAAGGAGGUUGAAAAGCCAGGUUUAUAAAUGUUCCCUUUGCAAUAAAAGUUUACCACAGUAUCUACUGUGCAUUUAAUAUCGCUAACCCUGGUUUUCCAUGUUUAUUAAUAUGCUUUACCAUACCUCACUAGUCUUUACAGUGCUUACCAACACUUUAUUACACUUUGCUAUGCUUUUAUUAUGGUAAAUGUGUAUAGGGUUUAGGGUGGUGGUAUUAAGAUCUGCCACUGUUUAGAUUAAUAAAAUAACCCCCCUUAACAUAUGACCUAUGGAAAUAUCAUGUUAUAUUUUAUAAAUGAAACGCUUAUUUUGUUUGUUCAUUUGCACCAUUGUGAAAACCCCUAAUUAGUAACAAUAACAUUUCUGGGUUUGGCAAGACCUACCAUGGCCUGAAUUCAAUGCAAAAUGAGUAAUGGCUGUUUUAAAUAUAGCAGUGCUGCUGCACCAUUCAAUAACAUGUCUCUCCAGUGACAAUAUAUCAGUGUGCUGCACCAUUCAAUAACGUGUCUCUCCAGUGAAAAUAUAGCAGUGUUCUGGACCAUUCAAUAAUGUGUCUGUCCAGUGAAAAUAUAGCAGUGUGCUGGACCAUUCAAAAACGUGUCUCUCCAGUGAAAAUAACAUAGCUUUGGUGGUGCUGUAAUUCAGAUGUAAUCUAAGCCCUGGCUUCACUUUUUAUUUCAUACAGGGCUGUUUUCACAGAAAUAAAUGAAUACAAAUCUUGGACUACUUUACCUAAAUUAACAUUAGGUAGUCCAAGAUUAGAGCUAACGGGGGUCUGUGAAACCAGGCGAUCUGGGUUCAACUCAGACAUUAAACACUGAUUACAAAUUAUAUUUAGACCUAUCUUUUAACAUAAUAUAUAAAUGGCACAGAAUAUCUCAGUGACCAGUGGUCUAGUGGUAGCAAGCAUCUGCACGGUUAAAACAACACCUGUAAGAUCUUAUCUUCCUGCCCCUCUUUAAGACUGGUCUAUUUUCAAAUGCCCAGGGGUACCCAAGCUAACCUUGACAACAUGGAUAUGUGUGCGGUUAUUAAAACUGUGUGAGAAGGUGGUGAGUUUUUGAUACAAUAUGUUUUUGUUCAUCUGCUGUAAAAGUAUUACUGAAUUGUGAAUUAUGUUUUUGUGAUUUGUUGGCUAUGUUACUGCCCAUUCCAACCUGUACAUACUAUUGUGUGCAGUGCACAGACACAAAAUAAAAAUAAUACAGAAAACAAAGUAGUGGUUUAUUUGUUGUCAAGGUUUAUGUACAUAGAAUAUAUU